AAUAUUAUCUUUGCUGGCGCAUUGCCAACAUUUCAGUGUUAAAACUGGAGCCUGCCCUGCUGUAGGUACGGGAAGGGGCGUUUGACGUUUCGAUUGAGUGUAGCAAAAUGGCGCUGAAAGCCGUGGUUGGACAAAAAAUUAUGAAUGAAGUCAUUCGUAACAAGAAGAAGGGACAAGGUAUUGAGUGGCGAGUUCUAGUUGUUGAUCAGCUUGCCAUGAGGAUGGUGUCAGCAUGCUGUAAAAUGCAUGAAAUAUCUGCUGAAGGUAUCACAAUUGUGGAGGAUAUAAAUAAAAAGAGAGAACCUCUGUCUACAAUGGAGGCCGUGUACUUGAUCACACCAAGUGAAAAAUCUGUACACGCAUUAAUGCAGGACUUCGCCAGUCCUAAUCGCACCAUGUAUCGUGCUGCCCAUGUGUAUUUCACUGAAGCAUGCCCAGAGGAGCUGUUUAACAAAUUGUGUCGUGCAACUGUUGCGAAGUUCAUAAAAACUUUGAAGGAAAUUAAUAUUGCAUUUGUAGCAUACGAGGAACAGGUAUUUUCUCUGGAUUCACCUGAUACAUUUCAAUGCUUCUACAAUCCCUCCUGUGCUGGUGGUCGAAAUGCAAACAUGGAACGUAUUGCUGAACAAAUAGCAACCUUGUGUGCUACUCUUGGAGAGUACCCGUCAGUCAGAUAUCGAUGUGAUUUUGACAAGAAUGUUGAAUUAGCCCAACUAGUUCAACAGAAAUUAGAUGCAUAUAAGGCAGAUGAACCUACAAUGGGUGAAGGACCAGAAAAAGCUCGUUCCCAGCUUUUGAUUUUGGAUAGAGGAUUCGACUGUGUCUCACCAUUACUUCAUGAACUAACACUGCAAGCAAUGGCAUAUGAUUUACUACCAAUAGAAAAUGAUGUCUAUAAGUAUGAAGCAACAGCAGGGGCACCAGAAAAAGAGGUGCUGCUGGAUGAAAAUGAUGAAUUGUGGGUUGAGCUCAGACAUCAACACAUUGCUGUUGUUUCACAGAAUGUUACAAAGAAUCUCAAGAAGUUCAUUGAUUCCAAACGAAUGCCACAGGGUGAUAAGCAGUCAAUGAGGGACCUAUCACAGAUGAUAAAGAAGAUGCCACAAUACCAGAAAGAGUUAAGCAAGUACUCAACACAUCUUCACUUAGCUGAAGACUGUAUGAAAGCUUAUCAAGGCUAUGUAGACAAACUGUGCAAAGUAGAACAGGAUCUUGCAAUGGGCACUGAUGCAGAAGGAGAGAGGAUAAAAGAUCACAUGCGAAAUAUAGUGCCUGUGCUGCUUGAUCAAGGUGUGACGAAUUAUGAUAAAAUGCGUAUUAUUCUGCUUUAUAUAAUAUCAAAGAAUGGCAUAAGUGAAGAGAACCUUAACAAACUUGUCCAACAUGCCCAAAUUAAUCCAUCUGAAAAGCAGACCAUUAUUAAUAUGGCCAACUUGGGUGUUAAUGUUGUUGUUGAUGGGACACGCAAGAAAUUCUACCAGGUUCCCCGGAAAGAGCGUAUUACUGAACAAACAUACCAAAUGUCACGUUGGACACCAGUCAUCAAGGACAUAAUGGAAGAAUGUAUUGAAGAUAAAUUGGAUCCAAAACAUUUUCCAUUUUUGGCAGGAAGAGCUGCUCCAUCUGGCUACCAUCCACCAACAAGUGCAAGGUAUGGCCAUUGGCAUAAAGAUAAAGGUCAACAAGCUGUAAAGAAUGUUCCUCGUUUAAUUGUCUUCAUUGUUGGUGGUGUGUGCUUCUCAGAAAUACGCUGUGCUUAUGAAGUAACCAACACUGUAAAGAACUGGGAAGUCAUUAUUGGCUCUUCUCACAUUAUGACGCCAGAGGACUUCCUCAGUAAUCUUACGAAUUUGAGCUAAUCUGUUAGCACAGUAUAUCUAGCCUGCCCAAAAAGCUGCCGAAAUAGGAACUUUAUGUUGAUGGGGUGAAAAGUCACCAGAUCUAUCAAUAUUAUGUGAAAGAUAAAUGUAAUUCCAGUGUUAGGAUUUGUACUCAAGUCUGUAUUGUAGUCAGUUGCCUUAAAACAAGAGCUCUGUAGCUCUUGUUGCAUUUAUCAUAUUAAAGUAUUUUUUAAGAUAGCAUACAAGUUUGUAAAAAAUUCUUGUAAUUCAUAAUUUGUGUGUGUGUGUAAAAUAUUUAGAUAACAUAAUUAUGCCAUAUACAGGCUCAUUAAUGAAAGGAAAGACAGCUUAUAGAUAUACCAGUAUGAAUUACUUGGAUUGUAAGAUUGCUAGAAAAAAUGCCUUCAAGCAAAAUGUAGGAACUUUGACUUAAUUUAAGUGUCCUUUUGUGCAGAGGCAGUUAAUGAGUAGUAGAAUUUGUCUUCUGCAAAGCAAAUGUCCCUUUAACCUCUCUGGUCUUUUGGACAUUCUGACUACAUUAACUAAAAAGCAGAAUGUGAUGAAACUUCCAUCUUGCUGUCAUUUUAAUGUAUGCAUUCUUAAUAAUGUAAUGUGUUUCUGAAAACACUUUCAAUAAGAUGAUCUGUAUGUUGUUUGAGAACGACAUAGUCAACUUAAAUUGUUCCUUUACCAGAGGACCAAACUGUGUUAAAGAGAGACGUUCAAAAUCUUCCAUUUUCAAUAAACACCAUAGUUUUAAUAAUAGUUUUUCAAAGUUAUACUAUUUAAAGAGUGGAUUCUUUGCACAGCAAUAACUACUUAUAAGACUAAGAGGAUAAGCCUGUGUUGCUUCACUAGUACAAUAAUUGUAAGUAGAUUAUUAUUCAAACAUUUUAAAUUGCAGAUUCAUGUAAAAGCACAUUUUGUAGCUAGAUCUUCAUUUCUGUAUUGAUUAGUUCUGUCUUCAUGAGACUGCAUUUUCCUGAAGUGUCAAAUUUUGUGAGAAGCAAUGUCACAAAUCUUUCUGCCUUAUAUGUAAGCUUGUUAAUUCAUAACUGUUAUUCGAUAUAGUGUUCUGUAAAACUUGGAUGUGCUCCAGAAUCUGUAAAUUAACUGUUUCCAUAAUAGUCUUUAGUGUUGUUGUAAUACCCAUUUUUUGACAUCGAAUAUUUUUAUCUAACUUCUUAAAAAUUUGUCUUACAACUACAGAGACAUUAUUUUUUAUUAAUAUUUCAUCACGAUUUAUUUGGACAGUAAAAUAUGUUAAUAACUUUAUAAGCAAUACUGUGAUAGUGUAUGUUUGUGUUGAAAUGUUUGAGUUCGUGGGAAAUAAUAAACGAUGUUAUCCUUCUGCCUGUUUGGGAAUAUGUUGUCAGUCUCAUAUUUUGCAGGCAGACUUAAGUGCUGUAGUUACCUGAUUGACAGUUUAUUAGGCACACAAUUUUAUGUGAAACUUUUGUAAAUCUUCGAUAAGAAAAGGAAUAUGAAAGUUCUUCUUAAACACCAAUAUAUACUAGAGAAUCGGCUGAGCAUCAAGCAGUGGUAUUAUUGCUUGCCAUAUAAUUUAGGCAGUUGCCAUAUAAAUAAAAUUUGUGGAAUACCAUAUUAUGUACUUACAUACACAAGUACUGUAUUUUUAUUGAAAAAAAGUGAACAGGUAUGUAAAAUGAGCUCCAGCUGGAAAGCUGGUUAUUGAUCUUUAUUUAAAAAAAAUUCUGGAUUGCUAUUUGGAAGUGCUGUCCCCCAUGUGUGGUUCUUGCACACUGCUAGACAAGAUUGAUUUAACAAACCUUUGUACCGUAUGAAAACUAAGAAGGCUACUUAAAGAAACAUUAAACUAAAAUUUGAGAUAACCUGAAGUAAGUCUGGGAAUUAGUGUGUAAGUUAUCCCUGUAGUCCCCCCCCCCCCCCCUCCAUUACCAGAAAAAGAAGGGGAAAAAAAUUACUGCCUAACCUUUCCUUCUUCCCCAUCUGCACUACAGUGUAUGUGAGAGCGUGCGCAUGCAUGCACAUUUGAGAUCAUCUGUAAAGAAGUACAGCAUUUUUAAAGUGGGGCAUUGGGUAGUGCCAAGUCAGUAGGCUUUAGUAUGGAAGAAGGGCAUUUAAAUCUAUGACAUUGCUAUAUUUUUAGGGCAUAUGGGGAGUAUUUCUUUUAAUUGCAAGUUAUAAUUUAUUUAAAAAGCUGAAUUUGAAAACAUUUCCUUAGAGCUAGUUGAAUAGACAUGUAAUUGACUUUAUUAACAAUAGUCAUGUUAAUAACUAUAUAAUUUAUACCUACACAUUCCAGUUAAAAACAUUGAAAACAAAUAUGUAUGUAGUAUAGUUUAAUGAGAAAUUAUUUUCUAAUUAUGGCUGUUUCACCAAGCACUGUUUUAAGUUGCCAUUAAAUUAUUGGUGGAUGAAAAGUUUUAUUUACUUCAAAAGUUUUUUCAGUAGUGUUAGUUUUAAAUAUAUUUAUUUAUUUUUACAAGUUAGCAGAUAAAUUAAUAAAAGACACAGUUAAAGUGGUUGUUAAUUUCCAUGUAUUUCACAUCCUGAAUCCUGUUUCAUGUUUGUAAUGUCUGGAUGCCUAAAAAUUUCUCAUCUUGGACAUGUUUCUGACAAAUCUGCCAAUCGUGGGUCUUAAGGGUAUGCCAUAUUCUCAUUCAGUUUGUGGUGAGUAUGAAUAUAUGAAGAGGAAGCGUGCACGAGCCACACCUUUUCAGUUGAAGGCAAUUUUGGAAGAAAAAGACAUUAUUGUUACCACCAAAUGACAUACAUCACAGUAGGAGUUGAAACGUACAGUGCAAUGCUAUCCCAUUAUAUUGUAUCGUUGUUGUUGUUGAUGUUGUUAUUGUUGCUGCUGUUGUUAUUGUUGGUAAUUUAGACCAAAUCUCCUUAAGUGUUUAACUGAUGUGGCCUGUCAAAGAAGAAAUGUUGAUUUUCCUAUUAAUUAAUUAUUUUUGUUAAUGUAUUGAACAGAUUUUGCAAAAGAAAUGAAAUGUUAUAAAACUGACCCAGCAUAAUUUUCUCAGACAUUUUGUUGCCUUGUGUUGUUAGUGUGAUAGUAAUGUUACAAUGUAUGUAUUUUCCUUAAUGUAUUAUAAAGCAUUGUAGGCUAUAGAUAAUAUAGUACUGUUGACAUAUUGAUAUAUAUAGCUUCUUCAGAUAGAGCAAAUUCAUAUUUUCGUAUUUGCUUUCAUGUGACCAAACACACACUUCUCAUUAUCAUGAGAGUUUUAAUGCAAACUAACAAUUGUUAAUGUGUAAGAAAUACAUUGAAACUUAGAAAUACGGGUCAUUUGGAACUAGUGAGCACAUAGUGUAAAUUCAAUAAAUUUUUAAUGCAUUUAUACAACAUUUUCUUGUACUGUUGCUGUGUUCGAUUUUUACAUAAAUAUUGCCUAGUACAAAUUUGAUUUCAAAAAAGUGUCUUAAGAUUUUAAAAGAUUGGAAAGGUGGAAGACAUGAUCAGUUUCAUUUUUACAUACUUAUGAAUGUCAUUUUUGUCUUUUUCUGUCUAAUACAUUUCAUUGAUGCUGUUUUGUUGAAUGCAGCCUUUGUAAAUGAUGCAAAGGAUUCCUUACCUAACACACUUGAUCUUUCUGCAUGUAACAGCAUUCAUCUUUUUCUCUCCCAAAAAUGCAGUCAUCUCUUUUCAGCAAGAUAGUGUUCUUGAGUGCCUCACUUGUAAGGCUGAAAGUUAAAGAUUUACAAAAUUAAUGUGUGGUGGAAAAAAAGUUUCAUAGUUAUGUGGUUCAGUACAUUUGUCCAGUUUUUGUUCUCUCUCUCUCUCUCUCUCUCUCUCUCUCUCUCUCUCUCUCUCUCUCUCUCUCUGUGUGUGUGUGUGUGUGUGUGUGUGUGUGUGUGUGUGUGUGUGUGUGUGUGUGUGUGUGGUGAAUGUUUGCUGUAGUUUCUCUCUCGUCUCUCUUAAAUCUUGAAAUAUUUGAGCUAAAAAAUUUUAGUGCCUAUGUGCUAUUCAUUCUUUCUUAGCUUAAUUGUAAUGAUAAGUGUAUUAAAGCUUCUAAAAUAUUGGUACUUGGUAAUUAGGAAGGUACUGAAAUUGACUGUAAAUAUUGUUGAGGUCAGUAACAAUGUGCUAAAAAUCCAUGAAACUAAAAUGAUUUCAUCUCACAGGUGGAAAGACAGAGCAAGAAAAGAUUUCCCUUCCCUUUUCUUACUUGCUUAACUCUUUCCUUCCUUCCUUUCUUACUUCCUCCUUGCUUAUUCUUCAGCUUCAUCAAAUGGCCAAUGCUCAUUUGAGCAGUAAUUUGUGAGGACAGAAUUGACACUUUUGUUAUCAUGAUGUACUAAAUCAAAUGUUGUGAUAUUGCUGUGUAAAAGAAAAUUGAGGAUUAAGGCCACCUGUGUGUUAAUAUUACUGUUGUUGUUAUUAUUUUUAUUAGUAAUAUUGUGAUGGACAAAUGUAAAAAGAAAAUAAGUACUCAGAGUUCUGUGUGCUGUAACUGUGCAUUUAAUUUAAAAAAGUACCAUUAGAAUUGGGUUUCCAGCUUCUCCCCCCCCCCCUCCCUCCAUCCCUUUACAGUUACACAAGUGUAAUGUAUCUUGCUAUUUUGUUCCUGAAAAAGUUCUGUCAUUGAAAAUACCAGCAUUUAAACUGUAUCAUUUUUAAACUAAUGACAGAAUCUUUCUAGUGUUCUGAAACAUAUUGUUUAUAUGUGAAACAAUAUUUUUAGGAUGAAAGGAUGUUGUCCAUUUUUUAUCUUGUAGUGUUACAGUUGUUCUGAGACAGUGAAAAGUAAUAUAAGUGCCUGAAAUUUGAUUUUGUAAUAGGGGAAAUUACAUACCACAUUGCCCUAUGACCCAGAAAAGUUGCUGUACAUCUUACCACCUUAAGAUGUUUUCUUAUUUCUCAUUUUCGACAAAGCACCUUCAUUGAAGCAAGCCACUUAAUUCCAUUGUAAUAGUACCAGUAGAUAUACUAGUAAUGAUAGUUAAUGCACAUUAAGAAAGAAAGUAUUGCAAAUUAAAAAUCCUUCAGGAAAUGCCACUAAACUUGUAUAAUUAAAACAUUAUCAGAUAAACAUAAUUUAUGAUGCCCAUAAAUAAAUCACCUUCUGCUUAGUAUGUUGACAAUGUUUGUUGAGGAUAAAUAGUAUAAUAACAUAACAGCAGUUUAGAAACAUUAUAGAAUGUAACUUCAGUCUCUAGUCACAUAAUUGCAGUUUAUGAUGGCAUGAUAAACUUGUUUCCUGUUCCUUUGAUAUUAACUGAAUAAAUUAAUUUUGCCAGA